CGGCGGACCAUUACAGCGGUAGUCGGGGCGACGGGAGCGGAACUGUUUGUCCAGCCGUUAAAAGGCAGUUGACGGAGGUUAGCUAACGUUAGCUGUCAGCCAGGUUCAUUGUGCAGGGAUGGAGGUAACACGCAAAAAUUAUAAGGACAGUUUAAGCACGGUGUACAGCGCCAUAGAAGAGGCUGACUUCCUUGCCAUCGAUGGAGAAUUUUCAGGGAUAAGCGACGGUCCUAAUGUCAGUGCACUGACCAACGGGCUGGACACACCGGAGGAACGAUACACAAAGCUGAAAAAGCAUUCCAUGGACUUUCUGCUGUUCCAGUUUGGGCUCUGUACAUUCAAGUAUGACCAGACAAAGUCAAAGUAUAUCACAAAGCCCUUUAACUUUUAUAUUUUCCCAAAACCGUUCAACAGGACGUCCCCUGACAUAAAGUUCAUUUGUCAAAGUUCCAGUAUUGACUUCUUGGCCAGUCAGGGUUUUGACUUCAACAAGGUGUUCUGUCACGGAAUCCCAUACCUAAAUCAGGAGGAGGAAGCCCAGCUGAGAGAGCAGACUGAGGAGAGGAGGAAUCAACAAGCUAAUGGUGUAGGGACACCAUCCUUUAUCUCCCCAUCGUCCUCCAAAGGCCCUGCACACGUACCUGAGGAACAUAAAGAUUUUAUCAACAGGGUGGUAGAGAAGGUUGAGGCCCUCUUCAGUAACUCAGAAAAGACUUUGGACUUGGAUCCAUGUACUGGGUUUCAGAGGAAGCUGAUCUACCAGACACUGAACUGGAAGUUCCCAAAGGGUCUUCAUGUGGAAACAGUGGAAACAGAAAAGAAGGAGCGAUACAUCCAGGUCAGUAAAGUUGAUGAAGAGGAGAGGAAGAGGAGGGAACAGCAGAAACUGGAGAGAGAGCAGGAGGAACUAAAUGAUGCUGUUGGUUUCUCCAGGGUCAUCCACGCCAUCUCUAAAUCUGGGAAACUUGUCGUUGGCCACAACAUGCUCUUGGAUGUGAUGCACACCAUCCACCAGUUCUACUGCCCUCUGCCAGAGGAUCUUCAAGACUUUAAAGAGGUUACAAUGUGUGUCUUCCCAAGACUUCUGGACACAAAGUUGAUGGCGUCCACUCAGCCAUUUAAGGAGUUGAUCACUAACACUUCUCUGGCAGAGUUGGAAAAACAGCUGAAGGAAAACCCCUUUAAGUCGCCACAAGUCGAAACGACAGAGAGGUUCCCCAGUUAUGACACAGCCCAGGAGCAGCUCCACGAGGCAGGGUAUGAUGCCUACAUCACUGGCCUGUGUUUCAUCUCCAUGGCCAACUACCUGGGUUCUUUCUUGACUCCACCCAAAGCUUACAUCUCAGCCCGCUCCAAACUAAUUGAGCCUUUCUUUAACAAGCUCUUCCUGAUGAGGAUUAUAGAUAUACCCUACCUCAACAUCACAGGACCAGAUUUGCAACCCAAGAGAGACCAUGUCCUGUAUGUCACCUUCCCAAAAGAAUGGAAGACUAGUGACCUCUACCAGCUCUUUAGUGCCUUUGGAAACAUCCAGGUUUCAUGGGUAGAUGACACAUCAGCAUUUGUGUCGCUGAGUCAGACAGACCAGGUACAAAUAGCUAUGAACACCAGCCGCUAUGCAGAGAGCUACAAGAUCCAGACAUAUGCAGAGUACAUCCAGGGUAAAGAGAAGGAGAAGCCUGGCCAAACAGCCAAAACCUGGGGCGAAGAUGGCUGGGUGAAAUCUAACUAUACCUCCUCCACUACUUCUGGGUUUGGAUACCCCAGGAUGAGGAAACGCAGCAUCAGUCCCGUUCAGGGAGCGCAGGGAACCGAAGAGGCUCUAAUUGCAGAUGGCUGGAGUCACUACUCAUACCCAGAUAGCACUGGCAGCAAGAAGAUGAAAACUGAUGUUCCAAGUGGACAGGCAAAUGCAGACGCUGUUGAGAGCAAGACCUCAGAGGGAUGGCUUAGGACAACAGAUGCAUCCAAUUCAGCUGAGUUAAGUCCAGCACAUGAUGAUGAUGAUGAGGAUGAUAAAAGUUCUGGGGACACAGAUCCAUGCAGUGAUGCUGAGGGGACAAUCACUUGGCAGCAAACCUCAACAGUCCACAGGAGGAAAAGUCAAAAGAACAAGAAAAAGAAGUCUGAAGCUGAAUCCACAACCUCCUUGUUUGACGUCCCAGACCUCUGGUAGCGAGAGGCCACUGUCCCACACUGGGCUCCUGCUCAGGGUCUCUUCAGAAGCACUUGGGGCACUCUCCUUCAAAGUCCUACAGCACUGGGAGUAGUGUAAUGCCCUGAUUAAUUCAUUCACUCUGCAGCUGUGCAUACCGUGUCCAAAGCUACCAGCCCAGCCACUUGACUGGACUGUUGAAAGAGAGAACACAAGCCAUAACAACAGUUGCCAUAUUUUGAUGUAAUGCCAGAGGAGCAGGCAACUCGUCUGGGUAAACACACAGACACACACACACAGACACACACACACACCACCAGAUCUUGUAAAUCUAAACCAGAAAAAUGUUCCUUUAUUCUCUGAUGUGUUCAGACUGGAAUCUGCCACCACACUCAUGCUGUCACUUUGGAAUCAUUCAUGGAUUUUAACGAGUCACCUGUCGACAGUCUAUUUUGUGAGUGUGAGGUGUGUUUGUGUGAGCGCGUGCAUGUGAGGGACAUGUACAUUUUCUGUAGUCUUUGUAUCCCUGUGAAUUUGUUUCAUCAGUCGUAAAAGGUAAAAUACCACUUGACAGGUCCUGUAGUUUCUAAUGUCAGGGUUACUUAGUAUUUUAAUGCAGUCAGAUAUUUUCCCCAUUUUAAAAUUAAGUUCCGUCAACUUCUCAAGUUUUAGCCGACUUAUAUGAGCUUAUCAUCAAUGAUAAUGUGAUAUUUAUUAUUGGUGGUAUUUUGACCCUUCAUGAGAGGUGCUGGUGUUUUUUUUUUGUGUACAGAAUUGUUUUUCUUUACAUUUUUGUGUUUAAUAUUUUGUAACUGUGUCAACCUGCAACGAUUUCAGAGUAUGUUCUAAUGCAAAAGGUGUAAACGUUAAGUAAACAAAUACUUUUUGUAUAAGACAAAGUUUAAAAAUCCUCAAAUAUUUCCUUGGAAAGGGAAAAAAUUAAAGAAUGUUUCUUAGUAA